UAUAACUUGCCACCAUGGUUGUGCAUGAAACAAACAUCAUUUAUAUUAACAUUGCUAAUUCCAGGUCCUAAACAGCCUGGAAAUGAUAUAGAUGUGUAUUUACAGCCUUUGAUAGAUGAGUUGAAGUUAUUGUGGGAUACUGGUGUUGACACAUACGAUUCAUUUAAGAAAGAAACAUUCAACUUACGUGCAUGCCUUUUAUGGACAAUUAAUGAUUUUCCUGCAUAUGCCAACCUAUCAGGAUGGAGCACUAAAGGUGCAUUUGCGUGUCCAUGUUGCAACCGAGAGAAUGUGUCAACUUGGCUGAAAAAUGGUGGUAAGCAUUGUUACCUAGGCCAUCGUAGGUUCAUCGACAAGAAUCAUAAAUAUCGAAGAUAUAAGAGAUGGUUUAAUGGUCAGGUAGAGCUUAGGGAAGCACCUCAGCCUCCUACAGGUACUGAUGUGUUAGCACAAUUGGAAAAUGUUGUGUUUCCUGCAUUUGGAAAAGGUUCAACUAAGGAGAAAAAUGCAACCAAAAAGAAGAGAGUUGGAGGUCCACCACAACUACCACUUAAUUGGAAGAAGAAAAGUAUUUUUUUUGAGUUGUCUUAUUGGAAAGAUAAUCUACUACGCCACAAUCUAGAUGUAAUGCAUAUAGAAAAGAAUGUGUGCGAAAGCAUUUAUCAUACAUUAUUGGAUAUGAAAGACAAAUCAAAGGAUAACAUCAAAGCCCGUCUAGAUUUGGUGGAAAUGAACAUUAGGCCAUCUUUACAUCCACAAAGGAUUGAGGGCAGCAACAAAAUCAUUCUACCUCCCGCAAGCCAUACAAUGUCUAAGAAAGAGAAAGAAUUGUUUUGCAAAGCUUUGGAGGGGUUGAAGUUCCCUGAAAGUUAUGCGGGAAAUAUAUCACGAUCUGUGAAUGUGAAUGAGAGGAAUAUUUCUGGAUUGAAAAGCCAUGAUUGCCAUGUUUUGAUGCAACAACUCCUUCCUUUGGCACUACGAGUACACCCAACCAAGAAUGUUCAGUUAGUGUUGCUUUCAUUGAGUUCGUUUUUUCGUGGGUUAUGUUCUAAAGUUGGUACAUCAGAAGAUUUUAACAAACUUGAAGAACGUAUUGCAGAAACACUAUGCCAUCUUGAGAGAAUCUUCCCACCUGCAUUCUUUCAUAUUAUGGUUCAUUUACUAAUUCACUUACCACGAGAGGCAGUGUUAGGUGGACCCGUACAGUACAGAUGGAUGUAUCCUUUCGAAAGGUUCAACAAGACUCUAAAGGACUAUAAGCGUAAUCAAAGUAAAAUAGAAGGGUCUAUUUCGGAAGGAUAUCUUGAUGAUGAAUGCCUCACAUUUUGUUCUAGUCACUUCGAAGGUAUUGAGACUAGGUGGACCCGCCCCAUAAGGAAUAUUGGUAGUGGGGAACAUCAAAUGGACAAGCAUUGGAUAUUCUCAUGCAUCGGUAGACCAUUGGGGCGUCCUAAGAUGAUACGAUUAGAGCCAAAGGAGAUAAGCCAAGCACAUCGAUAUGUGCUUCUCCAUUACGAUGCCAUCGAUACAUAUCGAGAACGUCACAAGGAAGAGCUUAUGAGGAGUUUAGGCAAUAGAAGUAGUCCCUACAGGGACAAGGAAAGCACACAAGCAGAGAUGAAAGCUCAACAAGAAGGCACUCAAGCAAUGAUGGCUAUGCUUAACACUAUGAAAUCCGAAAUGGACCGAUUAAAACAAGCCUCGAUUAAAGGAAACUCACAGAGUUCUGCGCAAUUGGGUGAAGAUUAAGGCCAUUGCAUAAGCUUCCCUCGUCAUUUUUUGGUAUAUGGUUGUGAUGCAAGCCCUACAUACAUGAGGAGAAUUGCAAUAGUUGGUCCUAGGAUAUAUUUUCCAUCUUUUAUGACAUUUGAUAUCUUUUGGUUUCUUUUUUUCCUCUUCUUAAUUCUGUGAAUUUUAUAAAAGUCAAGUGUGUGGUGAGAACUCUAUCUUUUUACAUCACAAACUUUGGAUGAUGAACUAUUAGUUUAUGCUACCAAGCAAGUAUGAACAUAUAAUUUACUUUUUAUGCCAAGUUAUUUGUGUGUGGUGGGAAUUAUAUUGUCUCACAUUUCAUAACUUUUGGAGGCAAGAUUGCCUUUAAUGAAUUAUUAGAAUCUCUAUAUAUUGAGCUUGAUUGGACUUGGGAACAGGUAAGAUGAAGGAUUAUACAUAAAAUUUCUUUUAAAAAGCUCUUGUUAUUUUACUUGUAAGUUGAAGUACAUUUUGGCCUUGCUUGGCAACGUGGCCUCUUCUUUGUCAGACCUUGUGAAUGAUCUUGGAGUCAGUUAAUUGAAGUCUCAUAUAUUUGUUUAGUAAUAUGGCCUUAAGAAAAUUUGCCUCUUUCUUCUGCCCAACUGGGUAGUAGAGAUGAUUGACUAUUACAACAUAAGAUAUCUAUGUCAUUUACUGAUUUAUGUUGUUUUUAGAAAUUGGAUACAUCUACUUUCAGUUUUAUCAAUCUAUCUAUCAAAAAAGUCUUCGGGCAGCAAAACCUUACUCUUCAGUAAGGAACUAUCUCCUCUGCCUCCACCUUGGUUCUGAACACAGAAAACUCUGCUCUUGCGUAGAGGGAGAAGAGAAUUCCUCCACACUCCGCCCUGGUUCUGAAGACAGGCUAAGUCAGAAGUUAAAUCUCUCCCUUCCGGUUUCAUUGAAUGAUCAUGCAGAUCGAAUACUUGGCCAAGUUUUAUUUAUGCUUGCAUGGAUCAGCAUGUAGGAAGUGGCCACUGUUAGCUUGCUAUGCUGAAAAAUGGCAGAUCCCAGUUGCUGUGGGAGUGUCCUUGUAUGAGGCCGUUAGUCUGUACAAGGGACGGAGAGUGAUUGCCUCCAGGUUACUGGUGAGACUGUUGGAAAAGUGAGAGCUGUAUCCGACAUGCACCGGAGAAAAGCUGAGAUGGCUCGUCAUCACAAAAUGAUGCCUUCAUUGCCCUUCAUGGAGUAUGUUCGGGAAUAUGAUGAGAUUACAUCCAAGUUGAUAUGAGAGGUGGAAAGACUAAGUUAUGUUCUUGAAUCAAAUCCUAAUUAUUGUAUAUCCUUUUUUGGCUAAAAAACAAUUAUAGCUAAGGCUACCAUACAUAUCUAUUAUAUCCACCAAGAUCAUUGAUCAUGUCUUUUUUUGGUACAAGUUUCUUAUACAUGUACAUGUUAAAUACAGUUUCAGACUUUGUUUUUGUGUGAAGAAAAUAUUGAAUGAAAAUUGCUCAGUUUUGUC